AUGAAUGACUCGAACCUCUUGAAUGGCAGCAAUUACUGUACAUAUGMGCAAAUGGAGUCCCCUAYUGAAAAAACUCUAAAACUGAUGACAUGUUUGGUUCUUGGUGGAGUCGGUAUUUCUGGUAACGUUUUUGUCAUCGUGCUGGCUGUAAAGUACACUGUAACAAAGARUCUGCACUUUUURAUYAUCAACAUGGCMGUUGCAGAUAUUCUUUUUAUCRYGUUCCACCUCCAGCGGCAUGUCAACGACAGUUUUCUUCAAAAUUAUAUAUGGAACAACAUGGAUGAAACUAUCGCGAAUGUUCUUUGCAAAACAUUUUCAUUUUUGGUCUCUCUGUUUUUCACCGAGUCUCUUAUAACCUUGCUGAUCAUCAGCAUUGAGAGAUAUCGAGUUACCAGGAAAAUUGUACAAAUCUCAAGACCGCUAUCURCCAAACACCGCGURGCAAUCAUAGCUUGUUGCUGGUUCAUUGCCAUGGUAAUGAACGUGUUGCUGUUUCUUUCUGYUCAUGUUAAAAGACGUAAUUCGGAAAAGGAUUGUGUCAAUUACUCCAAUAACAAAGAGGUAUCGAAGAUCUCAUUUUUUGYAAUUCURGCAACGGUGCUGGUCUWCUAUUUAUCAAUGGCUGUGCUAAGUAUCUUAACAUUACGAAGCCUAUCAAAGCCCCAAGCCAUUGAAGACAGUCUUUCAGAAGUGCAAAGACAACAUCGAAGAAAACGAAUCCGCAAUGCCGUGAAAAUGGUCUUGUAUUCGUUACUGUUGUAUUCAUGUUCAUGKGGACCUUUUUAUGUAGUGGCCGUWUACUUGUAUUUUAGUGGCAUCAUGUUCAUUGGUUGUGUUGAAUGGUCAACGUUGUUCUUCUUUGCUUGGUACGUUCUUCCCCUUGUCAAUUCUUGUCUCAGUCCCGUUAUCUAUUGUGUCUGUCUGUCCGACUUCCGUGAAGCAGCGAGGAGAGUGCUUUGCUUUGCAAACACACCUAGUUUCACUGGAAGAAACUCUGUUGUUCCAAGAACUCGCUGUAUUGAAAAUACGACAUAA